AUGGGGAUUGAGACUUGUGAAAAACUCCUCCAGGCAGGCUUCUUCGUCCGAGGAACUGAGAGAGACGUGCAGGAAAAUCGACAGUGCAUGUAUAACCUAAUUGAUAUCAAGUGGCCAAACAUGUUUGAGCUGGUUCACAUGUCUGAUUUUGAAGCUGAAGGGGCAUUUGAUGAAGCCUUCAAAGAGCCUGUGAUUAAAGGUACAAUCAAUAGGCUUGAAGCUGCAGCCCGCCCUGGAGUGAAGCGCUACGUUCUCAGUUCAAGCUCCAAGGCAGUUGAGUCUAUCAAUUACAACCACCCGCACCAUGUCAUUUCAAGCAUAUUCAACUGUGAGGCUAUCAGGAAGGCCUGUUGUGAGCCGUAUGUCGAUGGCCUCGAUAGAUUUAUGGACGUCUACAGUGCCAGUCGGGCUUUGGCAGGAUUGGAAUUUUGGUCUUCGGUUGGCACGAAUCAGCCUCCCUUUGUUGCAAACUGUGUGGUACCGGAUGGACAGUUUGGAAGGGCUUUAGAUCCAGAAAACACUGCCUCUACCCUCCGCAUGUUGAAAGGGGCCGCUGAGGCAUACUACACUGAUGUCCAAGAUGCGGCACGUCUUUUGGUCGCUGCAGUAGCUCUUCCUUCGCUUGUGAAUGAGAGAAUAUUUGCGUACUGUCAUAAUUCAACGUGGAAUGAGCUACGAUACAAGAUUCGACUUAUCUCACCAAAAGGAGAGAAGUUGGUGAAGGGUGAAGACCAAGCAGUAAAAGGGAGGGAUGUCUCCAAUGUGGAUGGGCUUAUUAAACGAGCCGAGAGUGUCUUGCGAGAGAGGAGGAUAUCUUAA